AUGAAGUCCUCCAUGAUCCUUCUCAUUGCUACCGGCCUGGUGUCGGGUCUGAGCAUCCCCAAGCAGCUGGACACCCGCCAGGCCGUCGCCCAGGCCCCAGCCGCAGCACCCGCAGCUGCUGCUCCUGUUGCGGCACCUGCUGCUGCUCCCGCUGCCCCUGCUGCCCCCGCCGCCGAGGCUCCCGCUGCUGCACCGCCUGCCGCUGCCCCCGCGGACGCCGCCGCCGAGGAGGCAAAGAAGAAGGCCGAAGAGGAAGCUGCCAAGAAGGCGGCCGAAGACGCCGCCAAGGCUGGCGAGGGCGCCGCCGCCGCUCCUCCAGCUGAGGCUGCCCCCCCUGCCGCCGCCCCCCCUGCCGAGGGUGCCGACGCCGCCGCUGAGGCUGCGAAGAAGGCACAGGAGGAGGCCGCCAAGAAGGCUGCAGAGGACGCUGCGAAGAAGGCACAGGAGGAUGCGGCUAAGCAGGCCGAGGACAAGCAGAAGGAGGCCGCCAAGGAGGCUGCUAAGCAGGCUGAGAAGGCUAUGGGAGACUACCAGAAGGGCAACAACAACAACAAUGACAACAAGGGGGAUAACAAGGGCAACAACAACAAUGGCAACAACCGCAACAAUGGAAACAACCGCAACAACAACAAUAACAACAACAACAAUAACGCCCUCUUGCUCCAGAACAUCCAGCUCCUCCUCGCCGCCAUGAACCUGCAAAACGUGGUCAACGUCCAGGCCCUCGCCCAGCUCCAGGCGCAGCAGCAGCUCGUGAUGCUCGCCCAGCUUCAGCAGCUCGCCCAGCUCAACGCCGUCGGCCUUGUCAACCAGGUCCAGGUCGUCGCUCUCAUGCAGCAGGGUCUCGUCCUCGGUGGCGUCCAGCUUGGCGGCGUCCAGGUUGUCAAGAUCCAGUGA